AGUUGCCAUGCAGCAUGAUUAACUCUUUUUAAGAUUACAUAGAAAAAUAUACAAACGCAAAUAUAGGCAAGAAAAGCUAUUAGCAAUUGAUGGUGCUGUAGUAGAACGAAGGAGCCUAUCAGAAUAUUGCAGAUGGGGCUGUAUUAUUAUACCCUACUAAUGCUGUAACGAUUUUCAUAAGAAUCCUCGAAGAGAUUAGGUAGCAAAGGUUAUGUAAAUAGCAUAAUAUUGGAAAGCUUUGGCAAAUAUUCAAACUCUAGGAUGAUUGAUAAAAGUGAAAAGGUCGAUCUGUAUCGUGAUACUCCUGUAAGAUAUUUGGGUUACGCUAAUGAAGUUGGAGAAGCAUUUCGACACUUGAUUCCAAAGUCUAUCGUAUGGUUAAGUUAUAUUAUUUCUUCUGGUUAUGUCUUAGCUGAUACCGUGGAUAAAGGCUAUCGCGUGUAUAAGAUCGAUCAGAGUCCACAGAAGAUGAAGCGCGUUGUAUUGUCUACGACAGACACUUUACUAUGGCAAUCAUUUGCAUCUAUUGUAAUCCCAGGCUUUACAAUUAACAGAAUUUGUAUGUUAGUACAAUAUGCACAAAAAAGAACAUCGAGCUUAGGUUUAAAGAAUCCCUGGAUUCCAACAAUCAUUGGUUUAGUAUCUAUACCAUUUAUAAUCCAUCCUAUAGAUUAUGCCGUAGAAGAAACAAUGAAUGUUACUUAUAGAAAAUGGAUUGGCCAUUAUUCCAAAUUAGAAAGUAACAAAUUUGAAGAUAACAAAUAAAGAAAAAAACGCUGUGAUUUCCUAAAAGUGCACUUUAAUAUUUGAGUACAAUAAUUAAUUUAUAUUUUUAUUGCCUUUUGCAUAGAAAAAUGCAAACAGCUAAGUGCAUUUGUAAAUUAUUGUACUCUCAAAUCGAUGAAACGUAAUUCGAAUACAUUUAGUAUUUUGUUACUUUGCCAAAAUUUGUGCUUUAAUGCGCAAUAAAACGUAUUGAUUGUUGUAACGUU